AUAGUUUCAUAUAUGAACAGUUAUAAUUAUUAGUAACGGAAGAGUUAUUAUGUUUUGCGGGGUGGCUGCACUGUGCACUGAGCCCUGAAGUGGGAUGAUUCGUCACGGCUCCUUCUUCUAUGUCCAACAGCGAUCGUAAGUGGUUCUUUAUAAUUACUGUCCACUUUUCUAGCGUAACGUUAGGUUACGACAUUUUGGCGCAGUCGGUAAUAAACCUUUUUAUCAUAGUUAGGGUAGUACGCGAUAACAGUUGUUGUUUUAGUGCGUAUUAUAGUUGAGAUGAUUAAAAAUGGCGAGUAUUAGUGUUGGCAGGAUUUCUGAAUUUAAUCCAAGUGAGGAGGACAUUGUGCCCUAUUUGUUGCGCCUGAAACAUUUUUUCAAAGCGAACAAUGUCAAGAAGGAAAACGAGGUGUCGGUUUUAAUUACAGUUAUUGGUCCCAGGGUUUUAUCGGUCCUAUCCGAUUUAUUAUCACCAGUAGAGGUAGAUUCUAAGACCUAUGAUGAACUUGCAGCGUUGUUGAAAUUACAUUAUGCGCCCAAGAAGUUGGUUGUGGCGGAGCGAUAUGUAUUCUACUCUCGUGUGCAAAAGCCGGGCGAAAGCAUAGCGGAGUUUGUGGUUUCAAUAAAACAUUUGGCUAGUUCGUGCAAAUUUGGUACCUUUUUGAAAGACGCUUUGAGGGACAAAGUGAUUUCCGGCAUUUCUAAUGAAACUAUCCGGCAGAAAUUGUUGUCGGAGGAAUUGGACUUUGACGAAGCUUAUGCGUCAGCGCUCAGGCUGGAACAGGCCGAAUCGCAGUCAAGCCUAUUUGUGCAACCUCGUGGGGACAUUGCGAAAAUCAAUGUGAAAAGUCAAAAUAGGCCUAAAACUUUCAUGCAUAGGAGUAGUGAAAAUCAAAAUUCUAGAAACUCUUGUUGGAGGUGUGGUUCUGCUGGUCAUUGGCCUAGUGCGUGUGCGUUCGCCAGUUACAAGUGUCACGGUUGUCAGAGAGUAGGUCAUCUCAAGAAAGUGUGUAAAGCCAAGAAAUCUUCUAGUUUCCAUGGUAAAAAGUCGACACCUAGGAUGGGGGUCCAUCAAGUGGAGGAAGAGGUAGGCCUAGGCCUAGAAGUUCCAAUGGCAGAGAUAGGUUUGUACAACCUUAAAUCAGGAUCAGACAACGGCUAUAAGGUAGGCCUAGUGGCUAAUGAUGUAUAUUUAGAAAUGAUUCUAGAUACAGGCAGUGCCUUGACUAUAUGUCCUUCUGAGAUAUUUUAUGAAAAAUUUUCUAACCUCAAACUUAGGCCAGCAAAUGUGAAACUUACUACUUAUUCAGGUCAUGAUGUACCUGUUCUGGGACAAGUGAAUGUCAAUGUUAAAUAUAAUAAUCAGCAGGCGAGUUUGCCUUUGACAGUAGUUAGUUUAGAAAGUAAGAGUCAGCCGAUUCUGUUGGGGCGAAACUGGUUAGGCCAGUUGAGGUUAGAUUGGCAAAAUGUGUUUUCAUGUAAAGCCACUGUGGAUCACAGUUCUGAUUUGGACAUUGCUAAAUUGAAGAGUAAAUUUAAGUCAGUUUUUCAGCCUGGAACGGGCGAAAUUAAGGGUGUUAAGGCUCAUAUUGUCUUAAAGGAGGGGACAGUCCCUAAGUUUUGUAAGGCGAGACCAGUGCCUUUUGCGUUAAGGGAGAAAGUUGAGAGUGAGUUGGACCGCAUGGUUCAAGAGGAUGUUGCGUACAGAGUUACUAAUUCACAGUGGAGCACUCCACUUGUGGUUGUCCCUAAGCCUAAUGGUGUUAGGCUUUGUGCCGAUUAUAAGAUUACUCUUAAUCAGUGUAUUGAAAUGGAACAUUAUCCGCUUCCACAGGCUCAAGAUAUUUUUGCAACUCUAGGCGGUUGCUCAGUUUUUAGCUGCCUUGAUCUUUCAAAUGCGUAUCAGCAAUUGGCGGUAGCGGAUGAAUCGCAACAUCUGUUGACCCUAGCUACCCAUAAGGGUCUGUAUCGUUUAAAAAGGCUACCAUAUGGUUUGUCUUCAGCUCCUGCAAUUUUUCAGUCAGCCAUCGACCAAAUUUUAACAGGUCUUCCAGGAACGGUGGCGUACUUAGAUGACGUCUUAGUGGCGGCUCGCUCUAAGGAAGAGGGGCUUGCCCGUCUGGCGCAGGUGCUGCAACGCCUUGAUGAGUUUGGUGUUCGAGUAAACCAACAAAAGUGUAAGUUUUUGCAAUCUUCAAUCGAGUAUUUAGGACAUGUGAUUACUCGAGAUGGUCUCCGUCCACAAGAAAGUUUGUUAACUGCGCUGCGUAAAGCGCCUGAGCCUAGUACUAAGGAAGAGUUACGAGCCUAUAUUGGUCUAAUAAAUUAUUAUCAUGCAUUUAUACCUAACCUGUCUGCUAGAAUAAGCUGUUUUUAUGACUUAUUACAUAAGGAUCAUCCAUGGGUGUGGUCGGAGGUGUGUUCUAAGACUUUUCAGGAGAGUAAAUCAUGGGUGUUGGACUCAAGUUUGUUAGUUCACUAUGAUGUUAAAAAGCCCAUAGUUCUGACGUGUGAUGCGAGUCCCAGAGGGGUGGCUGCUGUUCUAUCUCAUCUUAUCGAUGGUCAGGAAAGGCCAAUUGCCUUCGCAUCGAAAACGCUAAGUUCCAGUGAACGGAAUUAUUCUCAGUUACAUCGGGAGGCUCUGGCUUUGAUCUUUGGAGUCAAAAAGUUUCAUAAGUAUAUAUAUGGAAGACACUGUAUUCUACAGACUGAUCAUCAGCCGUUGACGGCUAUUUUUGGCUCUAAAAAGGGCGUUCCUAGUAUGGCGGCAGCUAGGCUGCAGAGAUGGGCCUUGAUUCUAUCAGCAUAUGAUUUGGAGGUUAGGUACCGGAAGGGAGUGGAUGUCCCUCACGCUGAUGCGUUGUCUAGGUUACCCUUAGCAGAAGCGGAACCUAUAGAGCUGGAUGCUAAUUUUGUUUCACAUGUAGAUGUGUGUACAGAAGUGAUGAACAAUUUCUGUGUUGUCAAGGACAUUGCACCUAUUACUGCCUUGCAUAUAGGUAAAAUGACGGAUAAGGAUCCGAUUCUUUCGAAGGUCCGAGAUUUUGUGAUGUACGGCUGGACGAGCUCGGUUGAGCCAGAACUAGCUAUUUUUCUAAGGAAGAAGGACGAGUUGUCCGUGGAACAAGGUUGUUUGCUGUGGGGUUCUCGUGUAGUGAUUCCAAAGAAACUGUAUUCAUCUGUGCUUCAAAUGUUGCAUGAUCAACACCCGGGAGUUACACGCAUGAAGAUGCUGGCGAGAAGUUAUGUCUGGUGGCCAGGCAUGGAGAAGUCGAUUGAAGACGUGGUGGCCUCUUGUUCUGCGUGUCAGUUAACUAGGAAUUCGGUACCUAAAGUACCGUUGCAGCAAUGGCCUACAACAUCAACUCGAUGGCAGAGGAUACACAUUGACUUUGCGGAGGAUCCAGAGUCGAGACAGCAACUUUUAGUUUUGAUUGACACAUACUCUAAAUGGUUAGAGGUAUUUAUCAUGAGUUCCAUGAAUUCUUCCAAGGUUAUCGAGAAACUCCGUACCUUGUUUUCAUCGUAUGGAUUGCCUGUUGAACUGGUGUCGGACAACGGAAGAUCUUUUACUAGUCAAGAGUUCAAGACCUUUUUGCAUAACAACAAUGUGAAGUUCACAUUAACUCCCCCGUAUCAUGCGGCUUCAAAUGGAUCUGCAGAGAGAAGUGUUCAGGAGGUCAAGAAAAACCUUUUGCGUCAAGUGAUUGAGGAACAUCAGCGUUCUCAGCGUACCACUCUUCAAAUGAAAUUAGAUAAUUUCUUGUUUGCGUACCGCAACACUCCAAAUACAGUUACUGGCUUAACCCCUGCAGAAAUGUUCCUGUCUUGGAAGCCUCGUACUCAGUUGGUUAUGUUAAAACCCAAUCUCCAGUCAUCCAUUGAUCAAAAACACAGGGAACAAAAAGAUGCAGCUGAUAGGCUUAGGGGAAGAAGCAGAUUUUUCUCAGAAGGUCAGGCAGUCUAUGUCAAAACUGUCCGAAAUGAAAAGAUAUCUUGGGUUCCUGGCAAAAUAAUUCUAAAGAGAAGUCCGGUCACCUAUCUGGUGAGUGUUAUUGGUGGAAAACCCCGAUUUUGUCAUGCGGAUCACUUGAGAGCUCGGUAUGCAGAAGAGGAGGAGAUUUUUGUAUCACCCAAGGACCCCGUUGUAUCACCCCAAGUACCCAAGAAUUCACCCCCGCCGGAGGAUCGACCAACCAGUCCCAUGAUGAUGUCACCUGUACCUAGGCCUACGACCAGUCCCAGGGAGAGCCUAGGGCAAGCCCAGCCUCAGCCAACUCCUGCGUCGCCGCUAGCACAGUGCAGCCCACCACCCUCGCUGAGGAAGUCUGCACGGACUGUGCGAAAGCCUCACAGGCUGGACUUGUAAAAUUAUUACUGAAUAAUGGGAAGAAGAAAUUUUGGUUGCAUUUUAUUGAAAGUGAAUUUAUUUUAUUUUGAAAGUUGAGUUAAUUUUGAAUUUAUGAUAUUGACUUUUUUUUAUGGGGAAGACGAGUGUAGUAGAAGUCAUUAUAGUUUCAUAUAUGAACAGUUAUAAUUAUUAGUAACGGAAGAGUUAUUAUGUUUUGCGGGGUGGCUGCACUGUGCACUGAGCCCUGAAGUGGGAUGAUUCGUCACGGCUCCUUCUUCUAUGUCCAACAGCGAUCGAGAUGGAUGCACCCUCCUUCAGAAGGCGCUGAAAGGAAUACUAAUUAUAGGCCGCUGUACUCCGUAGAAGAACUUAAGGAAGAGCACCUAGUGAGAUAAGUGAAUGUCUGCCAUAUCAUCCGUUAAACAGCCAGGUUUUUGAAGGAAGAAAGAUGUAGCCCCAGCUCUGGACAAAAAUAUUAUGGAGAAGGUUGGCCGCUGUACAGGGCAGCUAUAGUUAUUAUUAUAUGUUGCCUUUUAUUGUUAUGUACUGUUUUUAUACUUUACCAAUAAACCUUAUAUUUAUCUAGA